AACUUACGGUAAUGACGCUCUACGUUAAUAUGCGUUCAAACAGACUGGUUCAAAUUGAAACAGUUCCUGUUUAUAUUUGCUGUCAAAAGCGAUCUUUUAUACCGCGUCUAUUGGAAGGAACUUAUGUUUUAUAGGUAAACGGCACAUUUAACGUACUGUUUCAGUAGUUAAAUGUUAACCUUGGACGCAGAGAUUGAAUUUCGAUUGAAUACUAUCCAACUAACGUUAACUCGGCUUUUUACGUGGAAGCCGACUGGUCAUUACACCAAAUCAAAUGAUGAAUUAAUAUAAAAUUAAGAUGUUUUAGAGCAGUAUCAAUAUCAGCAUUCUCUAAAGGUAAAGAAGUGCGUUUCGUAAACUGUUUCAAAAACAGAGUAGAGAGAGAUCAGCUUACAGUAGUGACUGCUGGCAUGUCAUCACUCCACCACCUCUAUUCUUAAAUGUGAAGUAUUUAGGUUAUAAUCGACGUAAGAAGAUAACCAUUAAUCGCCAGCAGUGGUAAACGGUGGGCAUAUAUGUCUCACCGGUCCUCUGGCCAUCAUUAAUUUGUGCAAUCGUCGGAAUUCAGCGCGUGAAGCCGCUAAUGUCUGCGUCCGCCCUGCGACUGAUCCGCGUCCGGAGGUUGAGCACAACCGGACCUGGACCUGGACCUGCUGUGAGGAGAGCACUGCCAUGGAGAGACCUUAGAAGAAUAGCAAAAAUGACAGGAGCAAUAGUAUUGGGAGGCUGUGUUUUCAUCACAUACGAGAUGGUCACUCUGAACCAGGCCAUCACUAUCGACACCAGUGCAAUACUCCAGGAGAAGCACAAGUCCUACAUCUACCUGACUCACACCACUAAUAGAGAAGAGGAGAGCCUUGCUUCUGGCUUCACUCUGAAGACCAGGAAGGAACUUCAUAAAGCAGCUAGAAAGUUUCUUGAAAUUUCAUCAAGAGUUCUUCUUCACCCUUUGGAUGAGCAUCUCAGUCAUCUAGACGCAGACCCUCACGAAUGUGCACUAUGGGUGCUACUGAAGAAAACCUGCUCUCUGGACCGGGCCGUGAGAGAGCAGGCGGUGCAGGAACUGGCCCAGAAUCACCACUGGCAGGAUUAUCAGUACCAGACUGCAGCACAGGUGAUAGAUCAGCGCACAGCUGUGGCUCUCGCCCGCAUACCUAACGUGGACCUGCGCUUCUUUCUCCCUCCUCCUCCACUGCCGCACACUGAAGAUGAUAUAUCAAUAGAAGAUGGGCUUAGGCAGUUACUGGCAUCUCUGCCCCAGUCGGAGGUGGAUCAGUGUGUGAAGUACUUCACUUCUCUGGCACUAAGAGAGAGCAGCCAAUCACUAGCCUCUCAACGGGGAGGGCUAUGGUGUUUUGGAGGAAAUGGGUUGCCCUAUGCCCAAAGUCUGACUUCCACUCCCUCUGAGAAGGUGGAGACGUUCUGCCUGCAGGCCCUGGUGCAGCACUCAAAGGUCCACAGUCAUUGUGAUCACAUUGUCGCUAAUGGAGGACUGCAGCUCUUGCAAAGAGUCUACCAGCUUCGCAGAGACUCUCCAAAAAUUCAGCACAACAUUGUGCGAAUUAUUGGAAAUCUCGCCCUGAAUGAGAGCUUGCACACAGCCAUAGUACAGUCAGGUUGGGUGUCUGUCCUAGCUGAGAUGAUCCAGUCACCAUACAUCUUGCAGGCAUCUCUUGCUGCCCGUGCAUUAGCCAAUUUGGACAGAGAAGCUGUACAACAGAAGUACCAGGAUGGUGUUUACAUAUUGCACCCACAAUGCCGCACAAACCAGCCAAUCAAAGCUGAUGUUCUCUUCGUGCAUGGCCUCUUGGGGGCAGCUUUUAAAACAUGGCGCCAGAAGGAUCUUGACGUGACGGAUGAUGACAUGGUGGAAGGGGUUCGAGAGGACUACACUGAAUGCUGGCCCAAGUCAUGGUUGGCUGCAGACUGUCCAAACCUCCGAAUCCUGUCUGUUGAGUAUGACACCCAUUUAAGUGAUUGGAAGGCAAAGUGUCCUGCUGAAAACCAAAGAAAGUCCUUGGCCUACAGGAGUCAGGAACUGCUGAGGAAAUUGAAGGAUGCAGGUGUAGGGGAAAGGCCUGUGGUCUGGGUAGCCCACAGUAUGGGAGGUUUACUUGUGAAAAAGAUGCUCUUAGAUGCCUCUAAAGAUCCUGAUCUCAGUCCGCUGAUCAAGAACACGAAGGGAAUUCUGUUCUACAGCGUUCCUCAUCACGGCACGUUUAUGGCAGGGUAUUCUGUCAAUGUCCGAUAUCUCCUUUUUCCCUCCAUCGAAGUAAAAGAACUAUGUAGAGACUCUCCAGCAUUACGGGACUUGAAUGAAAAAUUCCUGAACAUUACAAUGGAACAAGAGUUUAAGGUCCUUAGCUUUGCAGAAACUCUGCCAACCUCCAUUGGGCCGAUGCUCAAAAUAUUGGUAGUUCCUUCUCAGUCAGCAGAUCUGGGUAUUGGGGACCUCAUUCAGGUGGAUGUUGAUCACCUCAACAUCUGCAAGCCAGAAAAAAAGGACUCAUUUCUUUAUAAACGUACUUUACAGUUUAUUCAAGAUGCUCUUGGAGGACAGAGUAUUAAGUGAACUCUAAAGUCCACACUCCAAAUCCGGUCUCUUGCCAUUUCAUUUCAUUGCCUCUUGAGGAUUCAACCAUUACAUUCUUAACUAUAGUGUUAACUAUGAAUGAAAAGUUCAUUGCAAGUGGAUUUUUCUUUUCAUGUUUUUUUAUUAUUGCCAAUAUGAAUAUGCUUUUCGUUAAAACCUCUGGGUUUAACUUUUAAUGCCCGCUUCAGCAUUGCCUUGUAUUGUAUUUCAUUUCAGUCAUUUGAGCACUUUUUGCCAUUUAUUUUAACUGGAAGCUAUAACAAAUAGAAAUGAGUAUCAAGUUUAUUAUAUUUAAAAUGUCAGUCAUUUGUAGGAAGUAAGUUUUAUUUACAUUAUUUAUUUUUCUUUGAUGAAACUGAAAACUAGCCUUUUUUUCUUAACUCACCAGCCUUCUUUGUAUCCCUACCUCAGACACACAGAUUGGUACUGAUGUUGGCUGUAAUAUGCCACUAUUUUUGUAAUAAUGGAUGAAUUGUAGUACUUGCAUAGGACCAUACUACUUUUAUAUUGAUGCCGAGUAUGUGCAAGACAAAAUUAUUGCCACAUCUUUAUCACACUUAAUAAAGAUGUGUAUCCUAACUUUACAUUACAGGUGCAUCUCAAUAAAUUAGAAUGUUGUGGAAAAGUUCAUUUAUUUCAGUAAUUCAACUCAAAUUGUGAAUCUUGUGUAUUCAAUAAAUUCCAUGCACACAGAC